AGUAAUCAAUAACCCAACAAACACCUAUACACAAUACUACUUAAACAAGACUUUAUGAACAUAUCGGAAAAGGAUUUAAUAAUUGCAAAAUCGUGUAGUUAUUAAGUAUGUCAAAUUUCGAAAUACACAUUAAAAAGAGAACCUAUUUAUAUAGAAAAUGUCGGACAGAAUUCGUAAGAUUUAAGUGUACUAAACAUGACAAUUAAAUAAAAAUAAAAAGAAUGAAUGUGUCUAUAGGAAGUUUGGUGUUCAUGAUUUUGCUCAACGAGGGAUUAUGUACUGGACUUACAUCAUGGAACAUGAAUUUAUUCUGUGGAACUAAAUAUGUAAAGAACAUUAAAGACACCGCAGGUGAAGUGUAUUUCGACGUUGCCAGUUUCAACGGUCGAGUAGAAGAAUGCAAUCUUACUAUAACACCGGCCAGCGUCGAUUUUGGCGGGAACAAAGUGAUGUUUUAUUUUACAACAUUCGAAUUUCAGUCGGCUUGUGAUUCGAUGAACGUUUCUGUCUUGGACGGGAUAGGUAGAUCAGCAAGUAUUGUUCAAGGGCUUCCAAGAUUCAUAUGUGGUUUGAAUUCUUCUUUGACAUCUUACGUUUUUUCAUCAACUGGUAAAAGUCUUCGAUUACAAGUGCAUGUAAACUUGCAGAAUCAUUGGGAAAAGUUUAGAGGUCACUUCCGUCUGAAGUUUAUUUCAUAUCACACAGGAACCUGUCACGAAUCAUUUAGCCAUCAAUGCAGUAACGGACACUGCAUUCCUUACCUCUACAAUUGCUCGGAUAGUAUUAACGCUUGCGGUGACGUAGAUUACAAUUGUGACGAUGACACGAUGGAUACAGUGGAGAGCGGUAUUGGGUUCGGCGACAUUAUUAAAUACGUGUUAAUCGUAAUUGCAUGUAUUUGCAUAUUUCAUCUACUUAAAUCAAUAGGAAAAUGGGCCAAGCAGAAAUAUAGAAAUGCAACAGAUUGUGUGGAAGAUUCAUGCUGCAAUAUGAGACUGAAAUGUACCAACUGUUGUAAAACGGUGAACUUAUCACGUCUACCUAAACCACGUCUUCCGGAAUUUAUCAGAAAUCGUCUGCGACCGAACAAUCCAGAAACAGAAGACGACAUAUCAACAACUGACGCCGUAGAUAACACAGCUUUUGCUGAUGAUGAAAGUCAAGUUGAACAAGUCCAAGUUAUUAUGCCGUUUCCCCCUAUGACUGAUAUAUCACAAACAGACAUCGAACCGCCAUCUUAUGAAGAAGCCAUGACAACGAGCACUCCUUCAUAUUCAUAUAUGCAACCAGAAGAGCCGGCUCCUCUUUACGAAGACGUUGUAUCUGAAAAUCCAACAUUGCCUGCAUUUCAGAGUUUUGAACAUUCCGCAACUCCAGAUGAUAUAAUCAUAUAUGAAAACGACAGUGUGAAUCAAAAUGAGGCUACUAAUAAUACAGAUAGACAAAACAUAAAUUCUGAUGUAUUAAUAGAGCCAGAACUAGACACGACUUCCAUUUUAAAUCUUUACUUAAAUGAUUUUGCUGUAGAACUUUCUGAUAAUUAUUCGACAGACUCAGACUUUGAUACUCAAAGUAACACAACAAUUUUGUCUGCAGAACUUAAUUCUGGUGCACAUCAAUUACAAAAUGAGAAUGGUACACAAAAUGAGAUGUGUGGUGGUGAUAUACCGACAGAAUUAAGAGCAGACACAGACUCAGACUGGAGCUCAGAAUGUGCAUCUUCACAUUUGCGACAAGAACAAAUAGAUGAUUUUAGAACUUUGAAUAGUGGAUGUGAUACACAGACUGCGUUAAGAAUUGACUCCGAAUCCGACUGGGAUUCACAAAGUGAUUCUUCAGUUUUGCCUGCAGAACACGUGUCUGUGAGGCAGUCUGUACAAAAUGAAAACGAUAUGGGGUCUGUUGUAAGUGGCUGUGAUACACAGACUGCGUUGGGAAUUGAUUCCGAAUCCGACUGGGAUUCACAAAGUGAUUCUUUAGUUUUGCCGGCAGAACACGUAACUGUGAGGCAGUCUGUACAAAAUGAAAACGGUAUGGGGUAUGUGGUAGGUGGCUGUGAUACACAAAAUGUGAUAAACUUUAGCGAUCCAAUAAGUGCAGACAGGGACAGCUCUACUCUUAAUGAGGUAAGAGAUAGUGAUGAGGAAAACGCACCUAUUGUUAGUGAUAUAAGGAACGCGUUGAGUGCACGGACUGGGAUAGAUUCUAGUGAAACACAUACGGAGGCAAGUGAAAUUGACGAUGAACACAACGAUAUGCCUGUCUCGCCACCAAAUUAUGACGAAGCUGUCCCUCCACCGUAUUACUAUGACUAUAUAGCAAACGUCGGGCGAUAUAAGCAAAGUUCUUUUGAAGACAGCGAGGCAUGAAUAUUGAAAUAUCUAAAUGAAGGAUUGAAGUUGAGGAAAUAUUUAGCCAAAGAAUUUGACAAAAAUCUGUACUUAGUAUAUUUAUUGCAAAGCGAACUAAAGGUG